AUUGUUUUCAAAAUCGGUAAACAUUUGCCACUUGUCAGUUUUGAAUUUUUACUUUGUGCUUCAAUUAGAACUCGCAGAAUCUCACAUGGAUGCAGUGUUUUUAAAUUUUUUCAGAGUUCAUGUGACUCGCCCUUUGAAACUUGGUUGUGUGUAGAUGGAAGCAUAUUUUUCUAAUUCUAGAUCAUGUAUUUCCCUUUCGGUUGGCCCAAUGUUCUGGACAUUCCGCAGCUAGCAAAUAAUGUCUCUGUCAGACAAAUAAUUUGCAAUCGCGAUAAAGUCCUCUUCGCUAUUUUAACAGAUGAUUCUUUGAUCAUUUGGUUCUGCAAGCCAUGUCUGCCAAUAGUCUCUCAUCGUCGCACAUCCGAGUCGCUUGAAGAAAUAGGAUUGAACGAGAUAGUCGAAUGGCGGCCAGACUCACGACGACUUGUUGUUGCUACAUCUGGUGGCUCACUUAUAUUUUACUCAUUGGAGGAGGAUUUGGAUAAAAAGGGACUUUAUCAACUUGUAGAUUCACCACAACCCAACCUACGCAGAGACAGUGCAGAGCUAUUCAUUAAACAAAACAUACCAUGUUUGCAUCUGGCACUGGACAAAGAAAUCACCAUCGGAGGUGGAAUCUGCAGUAUUGUUUGUCUCCGGGAUGAGCUGAUGGUCGCAACCACCCGUAGCCAUGUUUUGCGAUAUCGAUGGGACGGCUCUAUGAACAGAGACUACUGUCUGGACCUUCGGCGCGUUCCUUUUUGUAUUGAUCAGCAAGUUUCAAAAGCCAUUCCGUUGGUCGAAAACAACACUUAUUUGACACAAAUUGAAUACUCACCUCUAAUUGGAGGAUUUGCUGUUGUUUUAAAUGAUGGCCGUGCUGCAGUUUUAACGGCUGUUUCACUGAAGUUUGAUCCUAAUCAAGUGCAAGGAAUAUGGGCUCCAAAUGUUGAAGAUGCAACUUGUGCAGCCGUAAACCACAAAUUCCGUUUGAUCACUUUUGGUCGCAAAAAUGGUGAAUGCAUCAUUUACAACAUCGAUGAAAUGACCGGAGGCCUGGAGGUAUCUCAUCAGCUGAUAAUAUCAAGUGAAAUCUAUCCUGGGCCUGUCGGAGCUGUUUCCGCACUUCGAUGGACGCCUGAUGGAUGUGCUCUCGCCGUUGCCUGGUCAUCGGGUGGAUUUUCCUUGUGGAGUACUUUCGGUGCCUUGCUCACUUGUAGUCUUUCAUGGGACUAUGGAAUCCACACCGAUGUCUCCAAGAAUAAUCCUCUACUCAUCCACUCGAUGGAAUGGUCAGCUGAAGGAUAUCAACUUUGGAUGGUAAAACGUCAAGAUCCUGAUGGAUGGAAUGAAAAGUCAGACUCAGUCAUUCUCAUGGGAUUUGUCAAAAGCGCUCUCACGGUUAAUCCAUGCAUGAGUCACAAGUCUCAUUUAGCGUUGCAAGGAGAGGAUAGGUUGUACAUUAAUCUUGGAGCCGGCAUAACCAAAGUCUACCAGUUACCAAAACAAAAUGCUCAAGUACAAACGAAGAUGAGUAUUACUAGUCAGCUGGUUGAGAACAAGCAGUGGCUAGUCGUCCUCCUCCCAUCAACGUAUUCUUCAACCAACUGGCCGAUCAGGUAUACUGCCAUAGACUGCGAGGGUCAUCAUUUGGCUGUUGCAGGCCGCACUGGUUUAGCUCAUUACUCAUUUGCAACUAGAAGAUGGAAGCUUUUUGGUAAUGAAACGCAAGAAAAAGACAUGAUUGUUACUGGUGGUCUUCUAUGGUGGCAAUCGUAUAUUGUUCUUGGCUGCUAUAACCUGCCAGAUGAUGAAGACCAGGUUAGAUUCUAUCCCAGGGAAGCUCGUUUGUCGAAUGACAACAUGACAUGCAUCAACGUCCCGUCACAAGUUCUUCUUAUAGAUGCACUCAACGAUAGAUUAGUGAUUUUCUGUGCCAAUGUCCACAUUUAUAUUUAUAGUUUGUCCAUAGCAGAUGAAGCGAAUCUCAGUAGUAGUGUGGAAGUAGCCCGUGUACAGACAAUAGACAUAACGUCUCUUUGUGUGCAUCCUGCAUGCGUAGUUUCUAUCACGUUGACAGCUCUUCGCACAGAGCCUACUCGUAGGGACGUCUCGUCAAGGGAUAGCUUUGUGCUCAAUGUCAGUGGUCGCUUGCUGCUUGUCCAUCAGCAUGAAUCAAAUAAUCAGGUGAUAGCUCCAACUGCUCUAGCUUCAUAUGUCGAAAAUGUCUGGGUUCCGAACAAGUUCCGCCGCGAGAAACCUCAUUUGACAGAGGCUCUAUGGCUGUUUUGCGGGGCUCACGGCAUGCGAGUCUGGUUGCCUUUGUUUCCGAAGGAAGGGGAUAAUUCUCAUACUUUCAUGUCGAAGAGAAUCAUGCUACCCUUUCACUUAAAAAUCUACCCUCUUGCUGUUCUUUUUGAAGAUGCAAUUUUGUUGGGGGCAGAAAACGACACCCUUCUCUACUCAACUGAUGUUAAAACGCCAUUUUCUUUUCCGUUUUGCCUCGUGGAAAGGACUAGUCAAGUAUACCUGCACCAGAUUUUAAGACAGUUGAUUCGCAGAAAUCUAGGCUUUCAUGCCUGGGAGAUAGCUCGUUGUUGUACAAAUUUGCCAUAUUUUCCUCAUUGUUUAGAGCUUCUUCUCCAUGAGGUCUUGGAGGAGGAAGCAACCAGUAAGGAACCAAUUCCUGAUGCUCAACUACCUAGUAUAAUAGAAUUCAUUCAAGAGUUCCCCGUUUAUCUUGAGACCAUUGUUCAGUGCGCUCGGAAAACGGAAAUUGCUCUCUGGCCAUACUUGUUCUCAGCUGCUGGGAAACCGAAAGAUCUCUUCCAAAAGUGCCUAACUCUCAAACAGCUCGAAACUGCAGCCUCUUAUUUGAUUAUUCUGCAGAAUUUGGAGUCAUCCUUGGUCAGUCGGCAGUAUGCAACACUGCUGCUUGAUGCAACUUUAGAUGAAUGCAGAUGGGAACUGUCAAAAGAUCUUGUAAGAUUCCUGAAAGCAAUAGAUCCCAACGAUGUGGACUCGCAAUCUCCUCGGACCUCUUUUGUCGUGGCUUCUAAGUAUGGAAUGAUAAGUCCUCCCUCCCCAGUGUAUCCAAACGAAGAGGACUUGUCGUUGGUCCUUGGAACCAUGCAUGUUUCACGGAGUAGAAGUUAUAGCACAGCGAAUACGCCGAAGUUAGAUCAAACUUCUGCAUCCAUGAGUAGUCGCGAUAAUCAGACGAGAAGCUCUGCUGAUAGCUCAUCCCGGAGGAAAAAAUCUGUGCCACUUAGUAGCAAGCCUGACAACAGAGAGCUGAGUCGCUCAACUGAGGAGCUGUUCAUGGAUUUGAUUUUGCAACGGCACGCUCGUAAACUUCUCCUGCAACACAGACUGUCUGCACUCGGACACUUCGCUGCUCACUUGGACUUUCAUCUUGUCGAAUGGCUCAUCAAAGAAAGAGAAAGGGCGGCCAGAGUGGAUCAUUUUGUCACCGCUCUACGGCAUUUGCAUGCAGAUUUUUCUUGGCCUUAUCCUGUGCUUUCACAGUCGAAUAAUUUUCAGUACCGCAAAAACUCAAAUACGUCUCUCUACAAUAAUUUUUCCAAUGGACCAUCAGGGAAAGAAAUGGCGCUGUUGGGAGGCUCAGUGGAAAUCAAUGUGCCGGAAAGUGUCAUCGGUGACAGUGGUUAUAUGAGCUGCCAAGAUAACUUUAUGAGACCUCUGCAGCUGCCAAGUGUAGAUGGAGACUGUAUGAUGAGUGAAGUGGAUGGUGAUGAUUUUGAAUGGUGGAAGGAAGAACGGGAAGACUAUACUUGGAGUGAUAUGCCUUCGACCAAAUUAUUGGAACAACUUGCUCAUCAGGUUACUACACGAGGGUCUUCCAAAGCGGAAGUACAGCUCAGGUAUUUGCUGCAAUUGUUCAUGGAAGCUUCUUGUCUAGAAUGGUCAAUUAUAAUAUCAGUCCUGUUGCGUGAUGCAAUGGCUGUUCAUCGAACGACCAACGCAGCACGUUCUCCACAUCAUUCUCAUGAGUCUGUUCUCCGCCUCAAACAAGGUCUAAUAUCCCUGUGUCAGUGGAGUAGUUCUGAAUGCAUGGGCUACAAACCAUUUAUGGUUGCAAUUCAAAACCAAGUGUCAAUUUUGAACAAAUUGCUGGCAACGAAGCAGCGUGUUGUGACACCACCAAUCCCUCCAACGCCUGUCUCCCGAUCGAGGACAACCUCUUGUUCAGACAUGAACAGUCAGUGCGGCACCAUCGUCGGUGGAGCCACCCUUCCUUCUAGUCCUUCUUCCGUAGCCGAUGGUACCACCCCUGAUGAUGGAGCAGUCUUCAACGAACAGGAAGAUACUGCGUCGAAUAUCAGCGCGACUAGCGAAUCGCCAGCCAGCGGCACCGCAGCCCAAGCUGAAUCCAACUGCAUAAUUUCAUGAUCUUUCUUGCAUACAUCCCUGUUAUUUGGAGAACAAGACUUAUUUUUUUAUCCACUCAAAUAUUUAAAACAGACCGCUUCAUCGGUGGCGAAUGGAGGAGCAUUUUUUGAGCUUAUUGUCUUUGAGUCUUAUUCGAGUAUGUAAACAUCCUUUAUUUUAUGGUGCUUCGUGUAAUGUUUUCACUGACCCUAACAAUUCACCGGUUAUUUUGACUGGUGUAAUGAUGUGCGAAAAAAUAUUUCAGGUUAACACUUGAAACAGACAGUUGUGCCGAGUCAGCAUGACUUGUAUCCUGGUCAAAAUUGUGAAACUAACGUUUGAAUGAAAUACACUUGAGUGUUUUCAAGUUACAUUCUGUUUUAGUAUGCUUGUUGCAGGUUUGUAAAUUUUAUUAAGUAUUUUUAUAGGGAAUGGACCGUUGUGUCAAUUGUGAUUUUAUAUUUUUUAGUGCCAAUCAUGAUUUGAAAUCUCUCAAUCUUUGUUAAUUGUUUUUAUGUUUAAAGAAUCCAAUCAAAACUAAAUUUUAUGGCAGUAUUUUUAACUAUUUUAGUGUGUAUACUGAUUAUUGUAUUUACCUUACAUAGUGCUUCAGCUCAUUUUUGAGAAUGAAAACACUAUUUGAACGCAGUUAUGAUGGAUGGUCAUAUCGAAAUCUUUAGAACACUAUUGAUCAGCAAUUUCAAUCCAUUAACAAUUCCAUAUUAAUUAAGUAAUUUUGAAUUACAGUAGCUUAUUCAAAAAUUUAUGAGUCUUUUUAAUGGCAUUCGAUCGCCUUGCAAAGUCUUCAAAAAAUGGCACACGAUACUGACUUGUGUAUCAACUAACUCUUUUAUUGUCUCAAACACCUAGUUAUGCUCCUGCUGCAAAACACGAAAAAUCAGUCAAGCUAUGUUUGUGCUAGUUGUUGAAAACUGAUACAGUGCUCUCUCUUUAUAUCGGUACUCAAUAUAGCGAGGAAAAAAUUGCCCAGUCUUUUGAACUUCUUUCGGCAAAUAUUCCCUUCAUUGUAAUAAAAAUUUCUUCAACGAAAAAUCUUUCAGUCCGUUGCUGAUUCAUGCUGGAGAGAUAUCACCAUAGUUGCAAGAUCUUUUGAUACGUUUCUAUUCUACUUCUGCUUUCAUUUAACAAUUUUCAAACGGAGCAAGUGCCUAGUAAUUAUCAUAAAAGGGAUGAAAUGUUCUUUGUUCAUUUAUUUACAAAAAAUAAAAAAAAGCAAUAACAUCUUUCCAUUCUCAUAGCCCUGGAGCAAAGUUUUCGAUUCAAAAUUCAAAAAUUAAAGGAAUGAAGCAGGUAACUCCUAUGAUUAAGAGUUGUGAUCAAUUUUAGUUUUCUAAGAAUUAAAAUAGAAACAAAAGUACAGAGCUCAUUUAUGAAAAUUGGAAACUCCUUUGAUUAAGAGUUGUGAUCAAUUUUAGUUUUCUAAGAAUUAAAGUAGAAAAAAAAGUACUGCAGCCUGAUUGUUGAAAUUUUUUGCUUGUCGGGACGACAUAGAUGACAUAGGUUAAAAGGUGCAGCGUGAUUGGUCAGCUAUGUCCUAUCGCUGCUUUGUCGUGCCUAUGUCGGGUCGAACUCACAACAACCUAUCGGUACCUCUUAAGUUUCCGACAGUAUUUCGUCCAUUCCACCUGACAAAGACACGACAAAGCAGCGAUAAGACAUAGUCGACCAAUCACGCUCCGCCUUUUAACCUAUGUCAUCUAUGUCGUCCCGACAAACAAAAAAUUUCAACAAUCAGGCUGCUGAGCUCAAUUAUGAAAAUUGUGCAAUAACAAGAAUGUUUAUAAGCUGGUUAAUAAUAUGUUUUUAGUUUUAUUCUUUUAAAUAUUUGUAAAUGUUAAUGGCUGUGACCAAAACCUACGCAGAUGCUUUACAGCAGUUCCGUUUUCCCUGCAAUAGGUUUGUAAUUAUUUCCUUGAUUUGCGGAAGAAAUAUCGUGAAUGGUUUCUCAAACCGCCCUGUGAAUCACUGAUCGGAAGUUAAAUUUAGUUGAUUUCUCUUUGUUAUUUAAUUGUUCUCCACUUAAAAUAUUUCAGGAUAGUAAGUCUGAGGAUGGAAAGCUUUAUUGGUAUCAAUUACUCAUUAGAAAAAUAUUUCCAAGGCUCAAUCUGAUCUCUUCACCUUAAUACGAUAUCAGUCAAUGUGAAGUUUGCGUUUUGUUUUCGAAUUCAAGGAAUUUUAAUUUUUUAUUUCUUGGCGUAGUAAUAUAAACUCUGUCGUUUGCUCCAAAAUUCUGAAUUGUAUCUAAUACAGACACUUAUAACAAAUUGAUCAUUUUGCAUACAUUCUUAAUGUUACACCUCUAACACUUACAGGUAACUUAUUUUGUAAAACGUAGUACGAAAUGUACAAUUUUAAGAUGCAGUUAAAGACAACAUUUUUACCUUACACCAUUAAAUUUAAAUUUGUCAAAAACGAAAUUUUUUAGACAUUUUUAUUGUAUUAGGUCCUCGGAUAACUCUCUCUGAAUGCUGUAAUAUGUUAAAAACAAGGGUUGAUAGUGACCCGAUGGCUGAUGAUUUUCUCCGUUUUAAUUGUGUUUAGGUCUCUGAUAAGGUGAAACAGUGUUUAAUUUUAAGACAAAUUUUUAAUAAUUGUAGGUAAAAAUAUAUUUAUUUUGUACGAUCAGU